CUCUGUGGGUUCACAGCCCGGAUCGUGUCCCAGAGCCGCUCCGUCCAGCACUCGAGCUGUCGUAGCCCGCGGGUUCACCGCCUGCGCGCCUCAAGCCCCCAAGAAGACACCUACGAGAACAAGACCUGAGAGCAUCGCUGCAUAUGAGAGCUCCACCUUUCUGCUGCUGACUUUCCAGAUCCAUUUCAACUCUUUUGGGAGAAAGUGAUUUUUGUUGUCUCAGCCUUCUGACUUCAUUGACUAUUAAUCUUUCUUUUUCUCAUUCCUUGGGCCAACUUCGAUCACAUUCCACACCAUAGUCUUAGUCCUUUGGUAGGUUUCUGUGUCAGGAAACCACGCUCAGGGUGUCUCUGGCCGAGGUGGUACGAGGAGGCAGCAGGAGGCUUCUGUCCCCACGGGUGCACUGUCCCCAGCCCCAGGAGCCAGGCCGGGGCACCGAGAUCACCAUGUCCACCAAGGUGCCCAUCUAUCUGAAGCGUGGCAGCCGCAAGGGCAAGAAGGAGAAGCUGCGGGACCUGCUGUCUUCAGACAUGAUCAGCCCGCCACUGGGGGACUUCCGACACACCAUUCACAUUGGCAGUGGCGGUGGCAGUGACAUGUUCGGCGACAUCUCCUUCCUGCAGGGCAAGUUCCACCUCCUGCCGGGGACGGUGGUCGAGGGACCUGAGGAGGAUGGCUCCUUGGACCUCCCCUUCCAGUUCACCCGCACUGGCACGCUGUGUGGGCGUGAGCUGCCCGACGGGCCGUCCCCUCUGCUCAAGAAUGCCAUCUCCCUCCCUGUCAUUGGAGGGCCCCAGGCCCUCACCCUGCCCACCACCCAGGCCCCACCCAAACCCCCGCGCCUGCACCUGGAGAUCCCACAACCUUCCCCGCAGCCUUCCCCACAGGAGGCAGGGAGUGUGGACAUCUGGAGGAUUCCAGAGGCUGGCUCUGUGCACAAUGGGCUGACCCCUGAGUUGGGGGCCGAGGAGCCCUUCCUGUCCCAUGCCAGCUCCCUGCUCUCCCUGCAUGUGGACCUGGGGCCUUCUAUCCUGGACGACGUCCUCCAGAUCAUGGACCAGGACCUGGGCCAUAUGCAGAUCCCCACGUAGGACCAAGGCUGGCCAGGCCAGGAGAUCAGGAUGGAGUGAAUGUUAGAAGGCAGAGGGUGGCUGCAGCCCUGGCCUAGAUGUCGGGACCCCGAAGUCCCACGGUGUGGUCUCUGGCCAGUGAUUUCUUUCUUUGAGCCUUUGUUUCCCUGCCUCCCAGCCUCUCCCCAGGGGCAGUGUGCCUUACUGCUUUCCCCUAAAACCCCCUGAGGACACCUGCGGAAGUCAGCCCAAAGUGCUCUGAGCAUCUUGGGCCAGCUGGACCCCCAACUCCUCCUCCUGCCCUCACAUCCCUUGGAUGAAGGUGCUGUCAAGGUGGACUCCUCUUCCCACCUGACUUCUGCCUCAGCCCCAUGGGAGUUUGGAGGCAGGGGAAGCAGGGCACAGCCAGCCAAACCUUUGGCUCCUUGUUCUGGACUAGGAACAUGGCAUCAGUGACCAAAUGUCCCUCUGCCCCACCCUCUCACAUGUCAGGAAUUCUGGUGGCAAUAAAACUUGCUGCUGCUGGUAGUCACACUCCCCACACCCUUAACCUAGGUUCCCUCCUGAAAACAGACCCAUCUCUAUGACCUGGGCUCACCUUGGGAAAGACCCCAACCUCAGAAGUCUUCGUGCCCUUUGAAAUCUUCUACCUGAUUCCAAGCCCAUAGUAAAGAGGGAGCAGGAACAACCCAAAUGGCAACUGGGGCAAUUACAACAUUGCUUCUGGUUUACAAGAGGUGGCUGAGAGCUGGUGUAAGUCAGGUGCCGUCCCCAGGCUGCUGGGGUCUAUUGGGGAGACCCGAGCAUGAAAGAAUAACCCCAAGGCCUAGUGCAAGGAACCAGCAGCUUCUCCAGCUUCAGAGGACUAAAGGAGCACACAGGAGGGAGGACCCCUGCCCGGGGCUGAGAGGGAUCCAACAGCGCUCAUCAGCACUACUUAGUGAGCAUUUACAGGGUACUCAAGGAUGUUCCAGGUGCUGGGGAUAUCAGGCAGACUCAAUCCCUGCUCUCCUGUAGCUUAUAUUCUAGUAGGAAAAGAUGUUCAAUUUGUAAGCAAGUAAGAUGAUUUCCAAUUUUGUUGAACACCAUGAAGAUAAUGAGAUCAGGAAUUCCUGGGGUGGAGGUGCAGCUGGUAUCAGGGCCCAUUAGGAUGGUCAGGUGUGACUCUGAGCCAAGCCUGAAGGCUAAGAUAUGCUUGUGCAUAAGCAAAGGCCCUGAGGCACCAAAAUGAAUGACAGAGGAGCCUCCAUGUGGUGAAAAGAGCAUAGAUCUCGGAGUGAUCUAAUCUGUAUGAAACUCAGUUUUUCCAUCUCUAAAACAGAGUCAAUGGUACCUACCUUGCAGGGUUGUGGGAAAAAUUAGGGACAACGUUUAUGAAUUGCCACGUGGAAGGUAUUCAAAAGUGGCUGUGGACAUGAAGGAAGGGGCUUGGGAAAGGCAGGACUGUGAAGCUGGAAAAGCAGGUUGGCGUCUGCUGGGAAUAGCUUUGCUUGCAAAGCUAAGGAGAAAAUGGGGAGCUAGAAGGAUUUUAGCAGGAGAAGCAUGUGGUCAGAUCCAGGUUUUAGAAGGAUCACCACCCAGGCCAAUGGAUGAUGGACCAUAGGUCAGAAAGGAGGAAGCCAUUGCAGGAUGUGGAGGCCAGGACGGGCCAGGGACAGUGGGGACAGAGGACGGGACAGUGUUAAGGUGGGGGUUGUGUCUGAUUGGUACAGACCACGGAGGGGGGCCAGAGGCAAGUUCAAGUCUUGGUCUCCCCUUCUUCCAUUCUCUGCUAAUUCUUCUCCAUCCUUCUGACCCUGCGAAUCCAAGCCUCCCACCUUGCCCCCAGUCUUUCCUGCCUCCAGCCUCUGUGUCGAUGUCAUAGUGGGGAAUUUGAAUUUGACCAGGAGGCAUUUUGUUGGCCACAGGGCUAUGAGUGUGUGUGUUAAAAUAUAUACAAUAUGAAAUUUACCAUUUUAACCAUGUUUUAAGUGUAUGAUUCAGUGCCAUAAAGUACAUAUUUUGCAACCAUCACCACCAACCAUUCCAGAACUUUUUUUAUCUUCCCAAAGUGAAACUCCAUACCCAUGAAACACUAAUUUCCCCUUUCCUUCCCCCAGCCCCUGGCAACCACCAUCUACCUCCUGUCUCUAUGAACCUGACUACUCUGGAGACCUGAUGUAAGUGGAGUUACACAGUAUUUGUCCUUUGGUGACUGGCUUAUUUCGUUUAGCCUGACGUCUUCAAGGUUCAUCCACCCUGCAAUGUGUGUUGGAAUUUCCUUCUUUUAAAGGCUGAAUAAUAUUCUAUUAUCUACCUUUACCACCUUCUGUUUAUCCACUCAUCCAUCAAUAGACACCUGGUUGCUUCUACCUUCAGGCUAUUAUUGUGAACAACGCUGCUAUGAACAUGAGUGUACAAAUAUCUGUUUGAGUCCUUGCUUUUAAUUCUUUUGAAUAUAUAUGCAGAAGUAGAAUUGCUGGAUCAUACUAUGGUAUGACAUACUGUCAUUCUAUAUUUAAUUUCUUGAGGAACCACCAUACCAUUUUCCAUAGAAGCUUCAUUAUGUUAUAUCCCCACCAAACUUUGUCUUUUUAAUCUGAAAAUUUUGCCAUCACUUAGAGAUUAGGGAUUUCACUAUCAGUAGUGGGAUUUUAUUUUUUUUUAAGAUUUUAUUUAUCUAUGAGAGACACACAGAGAGAGGCAGAGACGUAGACAGAGGGAAAAGCAGGCUCCUCACAGGGAGUCCCAUGCAAGACUCGAUCCCUGACUCCAUCCCUGGACCUGGGAUCACACCCUGAGCUGAAGGCAGACGCUCAACUGCUGAGCUACCCAGGUGUCCCAGUAGUGGGAUUUUAACCCAGGCCCGUGCCUCUACCUGACUACAACCCCCUCCUCCAACAGGGUUUCCACCUUAGCCCCUGGGAAAGUGUGAGGGCAAAGCAAGAGGAGCCGAAGCCCAGCAGCUCCUUGCCUGCAGGCUACCUCUCUGUGCUUAAAAGGCUUGUCCCUUCUGCCUUGGAAAGGGGAGACAAGAAAAAAGGAAACCCUCCUUAGAGCUCUACCCAGCUGGAAGACCACACCUUCACCCUGGACCUGAGCUGAGGUCAGGGUAGCCAUGCCUGUCUUGGUUCCCCUGGAACCAUUCCUCACCCACCCUGCAUCAGGGACCCAAGGGCUCUGGGAAACCACUCAGGGCUGCUGUGUCAAGCUGGAAAAAGGGGCCUAGGCAGGGGACCUGAAGCGUCAGAUGAACUAAAUUAGGAAUACUUGUGAGACACCUGGGUGGCUCAGUGGUUGAGCAUCUGUCUUUGGCUCAGGUCGUGAUCCCAGGGUCCUGGGGUGGAGUUCCACAUCAGGCGACCUGCAGGGAGCCUGCUUCUCCCUCUGCCUGUGUAUCUGCCUCUCUCUGUGUUUCUCAUGAAUAAACAAAAUCUUUUUUAAAAUUAAAAAACUAGGAAUACUUGCUUGCACCAAAGUAGCCAUGGAUGAACAGAAGGAUCUUUCCUCUUCAGUUUGUACAGUACUACCCGGGCACUGUGCCCUACAAACACCACCCACAAAAAGGAAUUCCCAAAAAUAGGAACAGAAGCUGUGGGGUGGCCAAAGAAAUGUCUGAUGCCCCUAUAGUCUACUGUUUUAAAUGCCCAACAUCCAUGCAGUACUUACUAUAAACGUAAGAUAAUAUAAGCCUCCCUAGUAUAAUGCAUCUACUCUUCUUUCUGUCAAAAAUAUAUUCACACACACACACACACAAAAUAUAUACAUAUAUAUAUAUAUAUAUACACACACACAUACAUAUAUGUAUCUAUUUACUCUUCUUCCAAAGGGAGACAACUCAAAAUCUUGCCAAUGAUCAUAUCCACUUACAAGUCCAGGAUUCCCAGGUGUUUUGUUUGGGGUUUUUUUUUGCAAUUUUUUUUUACCAACCCAUCACAAUGUUUUGCAAACUAUGAACCAUGCUGUAAAGUUAGUUACCUCCAAUACAUCCUAUAUUUGGAAGUGGAAAGGAGAGAAGAAUGGGAAAAUUAAAAUAUGUAAAAAUAUACUUGACACAGCAAGAAGAGAAGUAUCUGUAGAAGCUACAAACUUUGGGACGCCUGGGUGGCUCAGUGGUUGAACGUCUGCCUUCGGCUCAGGGUGUGAUCCUAGAGUCCCGGGACAGAGUCCCCACAUCGGGGUCCCUGCAUGGAGCCUGCUUCUCUCUCUGCCUGUGUCUCUGCCUCUCUCUCUCUCGGUCUCUCUGUCUCUGU